UCUCCCUCUCUUUUUAUUUGCUUCCCCUCUCCUCAACACCUUCAUCAAUCAUUCCUUCCCAUUCUCUCUCUCUCUCUCUCUCUCUCUCUCUCUCUCUCUGCCUUCAGCGAUCUUCUCGUUCCCUCUCCUCUCCUGUCUGUCAAAGAACAGAGGAGAGAGAAAGAGAGAGAGAGAGGAGAGGAGAGGAGAGGAGCGAGUGAGCUUUAGAGAGGGAAAGCAAUGGCGUUCGCAGGGACUCAACAGAAGUGCACGGUGUGCGAAAAAACGGUGUACUUGGUCGACAAGCUCACCGCUGACAAGCGAAUCUUUCACAAGGCUUGCUUCAGAUGCCACCAUUGCAAGGGAACUCUCAAGCUGGGAAAUUUCAACUCCUUUGAAGGGGUUCUUUACUGCAGACCUCACUUCGAUCAACUCUUUAAGAGGACUGGCAGCUUAGACAAGAGCUUUGAAGGUACUCCUAAAGUUGCCAAGCCAGAGAGGCCUGUUGACAAUGAGAAUGUGUCAAGCAAGGUUGCGAUCUCCUUUGCCGGGACCAGAGAGAAAUGUUUUGGAUGCCAGAAGACAGUGUAUCCCAUUGAAAGGGUCACAGUUAAUGGAAUUGCAUACCACAAGACUUGCUUCAAGUGUUGUCAUGGAGGAUGUACCAUUAGUCCUUCCAAUUACAUAGCACAUGAGGGAAGGCUUUACUGCAAGCACCACCACAUUCAACUCAUCAAGGAGAAGGGAAACUUAAGCAAGCUCGAGUCGACUACUUCAGAAGUCACAGAGGCUUAAAUCUUUUCUACAUCAAGAAAAUGCAGCUAGUUUUUCCUUGCUCCUCCACCAUUUCUCCCUCUUUCUAUCUCUCUUUUUGUUAAUCGUCAUUGUAAGAACUUGGAUUGUGCUGAGGGUUUGAUGGAUGGAUGGUUUAAUUUUCUCACAAUUGUGUUCUCUUCGUGCUGCUAAAUGCUUGUGUGGGUUUGAACUUUGAACUAUGGCUUUAGCAUGUCAAACUUCUUAUUGAGGUCAUAAAAGCUUUUGCAUC